AUGAUAUUGAGCUUCUUUAUAUUAUUUUCUUCUUUCCUUGUUACCGAUGAGAAACACUUCAAUGGAGGAACUAUUACUUGGGCUCCCAUUGAUCCAUAUGAUAAUGGCACUUCAGUUGGAGUCACUAUCACUCAAACUUAUUCAUGGACAUAUCCAUAUGUAAAAUGUGAAAAUAAUGUACCGAUCACCACUACUGCAUUUACUGGUGCCAAUGCUAAUCUGACUUGUGUUGUUGAUUGUUUAAGUGAUGGUGGGUAUUCAAGUGCACCCAUUAAUAUUCUUACCGAUUGUACAUGGGCUAGUUCAUCAUUAAAGACGAUGACAAGCUCAAGACCGAAGAAUGUUACACUGUCUGCUGAUGCUUAUUUUUAUAUAGCUAAUAGAGGAAGUGCUUGGACGCCGUUGAAUAAUCCUCCCACAGCAGCUCUUGAAUGGUCCAUAGUGACAUUUAUUGAUAUUCGCCAACGACCGGAUGGAUUCAUCAGUAGCGCUCCCGUGCCACAGUUUAUUUCUCCUCAAUAUGCGAUUGUUAAUAGAACAACGAAGAUCACUAUCCCUGUUUCGGAUCCUAAUGAUGGGGAUGAUAUACGUUGUCGAUGGGCAGUCUAUACAUCUGGAUACCGAAGACGAAAACGAUCGAAUGACGAGAAAGAGCAAAUCAAUCAUCCUUCUCAUCUUCAUCCAUACAAUCAGAGAGAAAGCAAGAAAGAGCUGAUUCAUAUUAGAGAAAAAAGGGGUCCUUGUGGUUCUGGCGGUGGUGGUGGCAGUGGCUGUACCACUAACUGUACAAACGGUUGUAGUUGCCAAUGUAGCGCGUGCAUACGUUCAUUAUGUCCAGGAACGACAUGUACUUUAGCUGCAGGUUGCAUGGCUACGACAACUACAGUAGCGACCACCAGCACUCUAGAAACCAUAGGAACAUUAAAAUCGACGUCAUCGUAUCCGACUCGUCAAGCUAUUAAUGAAUGUGGGGGUAUUUGUUAUCCUGGUAGUUUGCCCAAUGGUACAACCCUUUCAAAUUGUACGAUCACAUUCACUGGCAUGACAGCCGGCAUCUGGUAUGCAGUUGCAAUUCAGGUUGAAGAUUUUAUCAAUUCAUCAAGCGCAACACCAAUGAGUUCAGUUCCUAUUCAAAUGUUAAUUUAUGUUCUGCCAACACCAUUCUGUUCAAUCACGCCUAUCAUCUUGCCUUUAACAGACUGCCUCGAAGUGCAAGUUCAUGUCUCAGUUAGCUUCAAUAUCUCCGCAAUGAAUUUAUGUAAUUUUACUGUCGCUAACAUUACAGACAUUGUUACUUCAACUAAUAUCAAUGGUAUGACUGGUAGUAAUCUCACAAGCUCAACAACAAACUCAUCGAUUUCAUACGUAACCUAUACCUGGAUACCACAGAACAAUCAAGUUGGAUCUCAGCGACUAUGUUUCAUUGCAUUCACAAGUGAAAAUCUACAAUCAUCUCAAUAUUGUGUGCAAUUUACUGUAAAAAAUUCAUCCAACAUUUGCGUUACAACGACGACUUCCACAACAACCAUAUCCACGACAAAAUCCACAACAACCACGACGACCACUACAACGACAUCGACAAUCACCAGUACGACAUCAACAACAGCUACGACGACUAGUACUUCUUCAACAUCUGCUACGUCUACCACUUCAACCAAGUCUACAACCCCGACGAUCUCUACAACUUCUAGCACGUCUUCAACGUCAACUACCUCAACCACGUCGAUAACAUCUACGACUUCGACAACCUCAACGUCGUUCUCAACGUCUACGACUUCAGUGGCAACGAUAACUUCUUCAUCCUCACAAAUAUCCACCUUGCAAUCGACGGAUGACUCUUCUCUUUUUGUUGGACUUGGCAUAGGUCUUGGUCUUCCACUAAUACUCGCUAUUGGUAUAACGACUGUUUGUCUUUGCUGCCGAUGGUGCCCAGGAGCGUUCUGGAGAAGAUUGCGCGAAAGGUUUUGGCGAGAGAACCCUACUCAUUGUGAAGAAUGCGUGAAAGAAUACAAUGGCCAAUCACAUGAGAACGCUCAUAAGAUUCGGGGUCAGGAUUCAACGAACUAUCGACGACAGUAUAUCAAUGAUAAACCGCAAACGCCAGUCAUGGAUUAUUUUCGUGAAGAUUCGCUUCUCUCUGGUUCAUUGCCACCGUUUGAGAUACAAUCGAUGACAACGACAUAUACUACUUUCAUGUCAUCACCCUCCAUCAACAUCAUGCCAAGUGAGAAUAUAACUGGAAGGUUGAAUGACCCCAGUCAGUCAUUCUCAACUGGUUCUGGUGGGUCAAUCCUUGUACGAGCUUAUGUGGCACAACAACAGACAAAAGGUAGAUUUCCCUAG